GGCCAUGGAAGUUCGAACAGGAAUGAGACGAGAAAUGAAUAUAAUUUUAAAGAUUUUUUCCAUUUUAUUCAUUUUUCAUGUGGGAAAGACUCACAAUUCCAAUCAUUUUUUAGAAAAAGAUUUAGUCAUCAAGACAUUCCAAAAUGACAGAAUCAGGGACCACAGUUAUUUGUACAUAGACAACUCCACUGGGUCACUAUUUGUUGGUGCUAGGAAUUAUUUAGUACAAUUAAAGUUAGAAGAUAUCAGUGAUAAAAGUGGACUGAAAACUAUAAAGGUUGUGGCUUCUGAUGAAAAUAGAAAGCUGUGUUCUUUUAAUGGGAAAUCAGUUGAGUACUGUCAGAAUUACAUUAAGUAUAUUGUACGUGUUGAUAACUCCACCCUGUAUUUUUGUGGAACUGAUGCCAAUACGCCUUCCGAGUAUAAAGCUACGAUAAAUGAUAACGAAUUAAGCAUAUUGUCAUCUCAAAAAGCCACUGCAUGUCCAAGGGACCCCAAGGACAACACAACUGCCGUUUAUGUCACCAGCGGUAACCCUGGUGACGUACCAGCCCUCUACUCGGCAACCAUCCUUGACAAUGGGAAGGCCACCAUAUCCAGACCACAACUUGUAAAAAAUGGUGUAAAAAUGAGUGAAAAACUGGAGAAUGCAGACCCCAUCCGCUGGCUAAAUGAACCCCAGUUUGUGGCAUCUUUUGAUGUGGGUGAAGAUGUUUACUUUUUCUUCCGGGAAAUUCCUCUUGAGUACACAAAUUUCAUGAAAAAAAUGGUCUCCAGAGUUGCAAGGGUUUGUAAGAAAGACCUUGGAGGAAGUAGCUUCCUCGUCAACAAAUGGACGACGUAUCAGAAGGCCCGACUGAACUGUUCCUUACCUGGGUUAUUCCCAUUCUACUUUGAUUUAAUCCAGGACGUACAGUUGGUGAACAAUACCUUCUACGGAUUAUUUAUCUCCUCCGUUAAUGGGUUGUCUGUUUCUGCCAUCUGUGGAUUUACAGUGGAUUCGGUCAAGGACAGGUUUGCUGACCGGGUUUACAAGUAUAGGGAGACUCCUACCUCUAUCUGGACCCCCCUCCCUGCAAAUAAAAUCCCCGAUAAAAGUGAGCCAGGAAAAUGUAUCAACAAUUCAAAGAGCCUGACGGACGUUGAGGAGAAUUUUAUGAUGGAGUAUCCCCUAAAGGACGCCCCAGUACAACAACAGGGGAACAAGCCCCUGGUCUUAAUGGAUGGUAUCCAGAUGCAUGUUCUUCAGUUGGACAAGAAACGAAGUCAUCAGGGAGGUUCCCUCAUUCUCUAUGCUGCCUCUAAUAGAGGAGAAGUGUACAAGAUUCAUUCAUGGAAUAAUGGCAAAAACCAGGCCAUAUCUACAGUGUUCUCACCAUUACCCAAAUCAGAGGUCAUCUGGGACAUGAAGUUCUUUAAUGAUGAGAUCUACGUAAGUACAGACUCCUCUGUCAAACAGUUUAAAGUCAUCAUUUGUGACAAGUACAAGAAAAUCGAUGCCUGUCUUAGUGACCCAUACUGCUGCUGGAAAGGCAAUUUCACUGGAACUUGUUCUGAAAAGGAAAAAUGUGUUCCUGGACUCUCUCAUGAGGACAUUGAAGACCUUGAAGAGAAAUACAGUAACGCUGUGAGCAAUACGAUUGACAGAAUGGUGGACGUUGGGCAAUCAGUAAUCUUACCACAUUAUUACCCCUUUACCUUGGAUGGCAAGAAGGUAACAUGGUACAAGAUUACGAAUGGUCAAAGAGCCCACGUUGUGCUGGAUAACAAUAAUAUGAUGAACAGUAACCAGGAUUUGAUUUUGUUUCGAGCCAAAGAAACUGAUGAAGGCACCUAUGAAGCUUUCAUAGAUAACAAGAAGUUAAACACAGUAAACGUGAAAAGUGAGUAA